AUGGUAGCUAUGAGAAAUCACACAACAGUAACAACAUUCAUUUUGCUGGGACUCACAGAUGACCCAGAGCUGCAAGUUCUGCUUUUUAUCUUUUUGUUUCUGAUGUACGUUCUGAGCAUAACUGGAAACACGACCAUUAUCGUUCUCACUCUGACAGAUUCCCAUCUUAAAUCACCUAUGUAUUUUUUUCUGCGAAACUUCUCCUUUUUAGAAAUCUCAUUCACAACAGUCUGUGUUCCCAGAUUCCUGUACAGUAUAUCAACUAGGGACAAAACUAUUACUUACAAUGCUUGCGCCAGUCAAAUAUUUUUUAUUGGACUCUUUGGGGCCACGGAGUUUUUCCUGCUGGCCGCCAUGUCCUAUGACCGCUACGUGGCCAUCUGCAAGCCCCUGCACUAUACGACCAUCAUGAACACCAGGGUCUGCCUCAUCCUUGUCCUCUGCUGCUGGAUUUCUGGGUUAGUGAUCAUUAUCACUCCACUUGGUAUGGGCCUCCAGCUGGAAUUCUGUGACUCCAAUACCAUUGAUCAUUUUGGUUGUGAUGCAUCUCCUCUUUUUAAGAUAGCAUGCUCAGACACGUGGUUUAUAGAGCAGACUGUUAUUUUUUGUGCUGUGUUGACUUUCAUCAUCACACUAAUAGGCGUGAUGCUUUCCUACAUAUUUAUUAUAAAAACAAUUCUCAGAUUCCCUUCUGCUCAGCAAAGAAGAAAAGCUUUCUCCACCUGCUCUUCUCACAUGAUUGUGGUUUCCAUCACCUAUGGCAGCUGCAUUUUCAUCUACAUCAAACCUUCAGCCAAAGAAGAAGUGGCCAUAAAUAAAGGGGUAUCUGUGCUCACCACAUCCGUUGCUCCUUUGUUAAACCCAUUUAUUUACACCUUGAGGAACAAGCAGGUAAAACAAGCUUUAGAUAACACGAUCAAAAAAAUUGCAUUUAUCUUAUACAAGUAA